AUGUGGCGAUCCCGUCCCAGAAUGAGUUCACAGCUGAUGGCAGAGUUGGAAGAGGCUCUAGAAGACAAUUCUGACUUCCCGGUUAGCUUGCACGCUCACUUAUAUUUGACGUCUGAUAAUUCGUCGCAUCACGUUAUGUUCGGGACCAGCUUGGAUGUUUCUCCAGUACUGUCGUUCGGUCUGAUGUGCAGUGCUUGUAUGAGCCUGUUAGCGCCGUGCCAUAAGCAAACCUUCCAACACUGUGCAAAAAUGUGGCGAUCCCGUCCCAGAAUGAGUUCACAGCUGAUGGCAGAGUUGGAAGAGGCUCUAGAAGACAAUUCUGAAUGCCUGAAUGCCCCUUCCUGCCAAAUUCCCGUUGCCUUCCUCCCCCCCCCCAUUUUGAUUAACGCACUGCAGCAGCUGACAGGUAUCGAGUACCCCGGUGGGCCACUACAGGCCCCAGACAGGAUGCGGUAUUCCGCUUGUGCAUCUCACUGA